AGCAGACAUGCCUUGUACAGGGAGAUGUUCUUUCUCUGGCCAUCUCCUCCUGUGGAGAAUUUGGCAGCAGAGAUCCUGCCUGCAGAACUGAAGGAGACAGUGAUUCGGCUGCAGCAGGAGAAUAAGAUGCUGUGUGUUCAAGAGGCCUCAUACCAAGAGCGCCUCAGUGAGCUGCAGAAUCUGCUGGAGGAAUCAAACCGGGCCCGUAACCGCCAGGAAAGUGAGAAUCGACUGAAUCAUCAGCAGAUCCAGGAGCUGCGGGCUCAGCUGGAGGAUCUCCAGAGACAGCUGCGGGAACAGGGCAAUCGUGCUGAAGAUUCUUCACAGCUGAAAAGGAAGCUGGAGGAACAUCUUGAGAUGCUACACGAGGCUCAUUCUGAGCUCCAGAAGAAGAGAGAGUACAUAGAGACCCUGGAGCCCAAAUCUGACCUGAACAUGUCCAAGAAGGUGGAUGAGUUACAGCAGAUCCUGCGGCAGAAGGAAGACGACAUGCGGGCCAUGGAGGAGAGGUACAAGAGAUAUGUGGAAAAAGCCCGUACAGUUAUUAAGACUUUGGAGCCCAGACAGCAGAAUUACAUCCCUCCUGAAAUCCAGGCCUUAAAGAACCAGUUGCAAGAGAAGCAGAUGCGUAUACGGCAUUUAGAGAACGACUUUGAGAAGACAAAAUCCCAGCGAGACCAAGAAGAAAAACUUAUAAUAAGUGCCUGGUAUAAUAUGGGCAUGGCACUCCAGCAGAAGGUCACAGAUGAGAGGACUCAGGUCCCCAGUGGCGCCCAAUCAUUCCUGGCUCAGCAGCGGCUCGCCACCAACGCCAGACGCAGCCAGCUUUCCCGCACGUCCUUGCUGCCCAGAUAUGCCAAUGCUGAGAAGCGCAAGAGCCUUUCCUGA